CAAUGCUUUAUCUCUUGUCCUUCUCCUUCAUCUAAAGACAAUAAUGUCAACACAGUUUAUACAACAAUAGCUAUAAUUUAUAGUAUGGUUUCUCUUUUGAUCAAAUUUCCUAAGUUACAACAACUUCUAUUACAAUAAUGGUGGAUCAUAUUUCCCAAUCUCCAAAACCCAAGAUUUCUUCUUCAUCAUCUUCAACUUUUUUAACUACAUUUUCUUCUUUUUCCAUUACAAACUUCAUCAACAAAUACCUUUUAGUUAUCAUUCUUCUUCCCCUCUCCUUCUUCUUGUUAACCUUCUUUCUCCAAUGGCGGCCGAGCGGCUCGAGCGAUCUUUUAAGAGGAUUGUCCCUUGAUCAUCCGAUCUUAUGCACCUCCAAAGCUCAGGCGAAGGUCAAUUCCUCAUUGUCCAAUAUUAAGUACAGCAACUCCUUUGUUUUCUCACAACUUAGAGGUUGGGAGUUUGAUAAGAAUGAUUCUGUUGUUAGACCAAAGAUAUGUAUUACUUCGACAACUUCAGCUGGUCUAGAAGAUAUUCUACCAUGGAUCUUCUAUCAUAGAGUUGUUGGCAUUUCAAACUUCUUCCUCUUUGUUGAAGGAAAGGCUGCAACCCCCAGCGUUUCAGAAGUCCUUGAGUCUAUUCCUGGUGUAAAAACUAUACCAAGAACAAGAGAGUUUGAGGAACAACAAGCUAGAAGUCGAAUUUGGAAUGAGACUUGGCUUUCAAACGCCUUCCACAGGCCAUGCAACGCCGCCUUGUUUGUGAAGCAAACCCUCAAUAUGGAAACGGCUAUAGUCAUGGCAAGGGAGGCCGGCAUGGAGUGGAUUCUCCAUCUUGACACCGAUGAGCUCCUACAUCCUGCAGGCACUCGAGAGUACUCCGUGAGAGAGCUAUUCAACAAAGUUCCAAGUGAUGUUGAUUUAGUUGUGUUUCUUAAUUAUGAAGCUGCUGUUGAGAGGGAUAACAUUAGAGAACCUUUCAGUGAGGUUUCAUUGUUCAAAAGGAAUUUGGCUGAUCUUCCCAUCCAUAAUUAUACAAACUUUAAGUUCAUCAGGAAGACAUUUCACGGUAACCCAAACUUUUUUCUAACAUAUGCAAAUGGAAAAUCAGCUGCGAGAAUUCAAGAUCAUCUUCGUCCCAAUGGCGCUCAUCGAUGGUAUAACUACAAGAAAGUGCCCAAGGAGAUACACAUAAAUGAGGCAGUAGUUUUGCACUACACAUACACAAGAUACUCUGACUUGACUUCGAGGCGUGAUAGAUGCAAAUGCAAGCCUACAAUUGAGGAUGUUAAAAGAUGCUUCUAUUUGAAUUUUGAUAGAAAUGCAUUUAUUAUUGCUUCGACUGCACCGCAGGAAAAAAUGCUCAAAUGGUACCAAGAUCAUGUGGUGUGGGGUGAUGAGGCAAUGAAGCUCAAACUAUUGAACUAUGGUAUUAUGACAAGGAUUUAUACCCCCAUGGUCAUAAUUCAAGAAUUAAGGAAAUCCGAGUAUUUUACCUCUUUAGUAGCUUCAAUACACUCUGGUUCAUCAAAUGGUCCUAAAGUAUCAAACAUGGAAAACAAUAUGUUGACGGAAAAGAAUGUUGACUCUCAAGCAAGACCACCUUUGUCUUCUUUAAGCAUCAAUAAUGUCUCAACUUCAGGAAAUUAAAGCAUUGAGAAAAUUGUGAGUUGAGAAUUCACAAAGAAAUUUUGAUAAAGUGAUAUUAUAUACAUGGAGGACCACAUUAUGGUUUUCUCUAACCAUUUAAGGUUUUCUUGUGUA